UGCUUUCUGUCGGUCGACCCGCGGAAUGGUUGCGCCGACAGGUCUAACCUCAAGAACUGUUCGCAGUGGCAGUGCUCUGACGACCAGAUCAAGUGCGCCGACAGUUAUUGUGUGGACGGACAGCUGAAAUGCAACGGCAAGAUUGAGUGCCCAAUGCUUUCCGAUUGGGCCGAUGAAGACAAUUGUCCAUUUUCGUGUUCAUCUGACAAUCGGUGUCCAUGUAUUGACACGACUAUCAACUGCACAGAUGUCGGACUCCUAGAGAUACCCUUUAAUAUUGAAUCAGAGAUAUUGAGAAUGAUACUUAAAGGCAAUCAAUUGGGAAAGAAUUUGAAACCAAAAAUGUUUGUAGGAUUCGAGAGAAUGCAUACAAUAGACUUGAGUGAGAAUCAAAUUACAUAUUUGCCUCCGGGUCUCUUCAAGAAUCUCUGGAAACUCAGAAUAUUGCAUCUCAAGAAUAAUAUGAUCGAGCGAUUAGAUCCGCACACCUUUUCAGGACUUCCUAACUUGGGAACAGUGUAUGAAUACUAA